CUGCUGCAUGCGUGCGUUCGUGGAGUGGAUGACGGUAGUUGGGAGCUCAGUGUCUCGGGCCGCAGAGAGGCGCUCGCAGCCUCUGUCCCGGCAUGCGAGUCGCGUGUUCCCGAUGUUUGUUCAUGUACAGACGUACCCGAAGCUUGUAGGCGUUCCCCUUAAGGCUCAGAGAUUCCACACAGCUGCGUGUCGCUACAAAGCUCGGACGGGUGCCGAGCACCUGUGGCUGAAGCGCCAUCUAAGGGACCCGUUUGUGAAGGCUGCAAAGGUGGAGAGUUACCGCUGCCGCAGCGCCUUCAAGCUCCUGGAGAUGAAUGAGAAGCAUCAUAUCCUGCGACCUGGCCUCCGUGUGCUGGACUGCGGGGCAGCUCCAGGAGCCUGGAGUCAGGUGGCGGUGCAGAGAGUCAAUGCCACAGGCGCAGACUCCAGCUCUCCUGUGGGCUACGUGCUCGGGGUUGAUCUUCUUCACAUAUUCCCUCUGGAAGGAGCAACUUUCCUAUGCCCUGCUGAUGUGACUGACCCCAAAACUUGCCAGAGAAUUUUAGAACUGCUUCCCAGAAGGAGAGCGGACGUGAUUCUCAGUGACAUGGCACCCAACGCCACUGGGAUCCGAGACCUCGAUCAUGACAGGCUCAUCAGCUUGUGCCUGACCCUUGUGGACAUGGCUGUGGAUAUCCUGCAUCCCGGGGGGACACUGCUGUGUAAAACCUGGGCCGGAAGUAAAAGUCACCUGCUACAGAAGAGACUGACCCAGGAAUUCCAGAAUACGAGGGUUGUGAAACCGGAGGCCAGCAGGAAGGAGUCUUCAGAGGUGUACCUCUUAGCCACGCAGUACCGGGGAGGGAAGGGCUCCACGGAGCAGUGAGUCUGCCCUGCCUUCUGGGGGUGCUGACUGGGUUAUGAACUGUACUGUGGAUGUGGACAGCACCCCACCAGGCACCUCUGAGUUUUAAAGAGAUGAAAAAUGUAUUCGAGGUUCAUGAAAAAUGUUAAAAGUGGGGCCAGCAUGGUGGCUCCCUGAGUAAUGGUGCCUGCUACUGAGCCUGAUGCCCCGAGUGUGCGCUCCAGAACCCCUGAUGCCCCGAGUGUGCGCUCCAGAACCCCUGAUGCCCCGAGUGUGCGCUCCAGGACCCCUGAUGCCCCGAGUGUGCGCUCCAGGACCCCUGAUGCCCCGAGUGUGCGCUCCAGGACCCCUGAUGCCCCGAGUGUGCGCUCCAGGACCCCUGAUGCCCCGAGUGUGCGCUCCAGGACCCCUGAUGCCCCGAGUGUGCGCUCCAGGUCCCCUGAUGCCCCGAGUGUGCGCUCCAGGACCCCUGAUGCCCUGAGUGUGCUCUCCAGGACCCCUAUAUAGUGGUAGGAGAGAGCCAGCUCCUGAAAGUUGUCCUCUCACCUCCACGUGCACACACACGAACGAGCAGAUGUAUUGGGAUGGUUUCUGUCAAUUUGACAUUUCUUUCUGGGAAGAAAGAAUCCAACUGAAGAACUGCCUCCAUCAGAUUGGCCUGUAUGCAAAUCUGUGAGAGGAGAUGUUUUCUUGAUUAAUGAUUGACGUGGGAGGAGGGUUCAGCCCAAUAGGAGCAGUGCCACCCCUGGGCAGGUAGUCUUGAGUUGUGUAAGAAAGCAAGGCCAGCAAGACACAAAGAACAAGCCAGUCAGCAGGGGUCCUUCAGGGCCUCUGCUUCAAUUACUGCCUCCAGGUUCCUGCCUUGAGUAUUCACCUUGACUUUCUUCAGUGAUAGUUUAGACUGGGAUGAGGAAGUCAAGUCAACCCUUUCCUCUCAAGAUUGCUUUUAGGUGGUAGAAACAAAACUAAACAGUCUUCUAUAUCAUGA